UCUCUCUCUCUCUCUCUCUUCAAACCCCUCUGGUAUUGCUCCAUCCUUUGCUUUUCUUUUGAUCUCUCCACCAAUAGCUUUCACACUCUCUGUACCAUUUGGAUCUGUUCAGAGAUUCGUACAUCAAAAUGGAAUACGAAGCCCACUACCAGCAGGUUCCAAAGCCAAAAUAUGAAUGUCUUCUCUUUGAUCUUGAUGAUACCCUUUAUCCCCUGAGUUCUGGUUUGUCAAAGGAAUGUACCAAGAACAUCAUAGAAUAUAUGAUCAAUAAGCUUGGCAUUGAGGGGGGUAAAGUCCCUGAAAUGUGUGCUCAACUGUACAAGGAUUAUGGGACAACAAUGGCUGGCCUCAGGGCUAUUGGCUAUGACUUUGACUAUGAUGACUAUCAUAGUUUCGUACAUGGGAGAUUACCCUAUGAGGUCUUAAAACCUGACCCUGUCCUAAGGAAUCUUUUACAUAGCAUACCAGUUCGAAAAGUUAUUUUCUCAAAUGGAAAUGAAGCCCAUGUUGCUAAAGUUCUUGGCACACUUGGAUUAGAAGAUUGCUUCGAAGGACUUAUAAGCUUUGAGACUCUGAAUCCUACUCACAAUAGCAAUAUCUGCCUCAAUGAGGAUGACGUUUCGGUCUUCCCAAAGACUCCCAUUGUUUGCAAGCCAUUUGAAGAUGCCUUUGAACAAGCUUUCGGGAUAGCCAAAAUCAGCCCUGAAAAAACAUUGUUCUUUGAUGAUAGUAUCCGUAAUUUACAGACUGGUAAACAUAUGGGCCUCCACACGGUUAGGGUGGGCUCUUCCCGUCGAGGACAUGGCGUGGACUAUGCACUAGAGAGCAUCCACAACAUCAAGGAAGCAUUGCCAGAGCUUUGGGAAGCUGUAGAAAAGUCAGAAGAUGUCCAGUACUCAGGAAAGACAGCAAUAGAGACACCCGUGCGAGCUUAGUUUUAAACUUUUCAGGGCAAGAAUAAACCGUUUAGUUGAGGUCUCACCAUCCCUAAUUAUAUCGGUUUGUUUGGUGGAUGUGGAUGUCUACAUAUGAACACUAAUAAAAUAUCUCUCUUUUUAGUUUGGUAUCACCUUAUUACAAUUAAAUGCCCACCAUGCUAUAAUGAAUGCGUUGUACAUGACGUAACCUGUGGAUGUGGUGUGUUGAGCAGAUGAUGAACCCUGAAAUGUGUCAGGGAGAUAGAUAAAUGAUGUCGAUAUCACUGGAUUUUUAUCCCUUUUUUUUUUUUU